CCUGGAUUUCGGGUGAUCUACUGCUCCCUGCAACCAAUGACCAGAUCCCCAGGAAAAACUUAAGGAAAUUGAGAAAUGCUAGCCGUGUAGUCCUGCCAGCACCAUGCGCGAGUCUAGAAGCAAUUCUGGAUUCAUCCCUGUAGACGAAAAGAAGGACUCAUGCAUUCUACGUACUUAUUCUUCUUACACCUCAAGUCUCAGAUGCAUUCUAACCAGAAGCCUCUUUUGUUGUGGCUGCCAGGAGGUCCCGGAAAAUCUGGCCUUUGGGGCCAGUUCCUAGAAAACGGCCCCCUGGGAAUCGACGCUGGUGGAACGCUGUACCGUAGGAGGCACAGUCUGCUGUCGCGAUUCAACAUCAUCUACUUGGAUGCGCCUGCAGGAUCGGGAUACAGUUUCGACAAAAUGGGCAAAUACCCCAGCACGCUCGAGGAAGCCGCCGUACACACCGUCACAUUUCUGAGGAGGUUUUUGCGGAUUUUCCCCGAGUACAAGGGAAGAGAGUUCUUCAUCGCUGGCGAAUCGUACGGAGCAAGAUCAGCAAUCGGUGCGGCACAUAAAGUAUUGACACGACAACCGCAGGAGCUUCCUUUGCGCUUGAAAGGAGUGAUGCUUGGCGUCGGCUUUGUCUUCCCGCUUUUAGAAAUCAUCAACUCAGCCGAUUACCUCCACUGCUCAGGCCUGCUAGAUGAACAAGGUCGCACUAGGUUCGCUCAGCAGUUCGAGAAAAUACACUAUCUGGUCAAGGCAGGAAAUGUUACCGCGGCUGCGGGUCUGCUGGGCCAAACAGUUCUCAACAUUCAUCCAGGUGGAAACAGAAGCUUGUUUGAGGAACUGACGGGGUUCCAGCACCACGGAAGCAUAGUAAGGCCUCGGGCAUCGAGGGAGUCUGUGAAGUACAAGCAAUACGCAAACAGUCCAGAGUUCAAAAAGUUGAUUCACGUUGCUUCCUCCAGAACCCUCGGCGCCGCGAGGUUUCAGGUUACAAUGAACUUGGCCGUCGGAGACUUCUUCGUUGACAAGACGCAGACAUUAGUGGACGUGCUUAACCAAGUUCAUGUCCUCUUUUAUACAGCGCAACUGGACGCCGUAUUUCCGGCCACUAACAUGGAACGUUCUUUCGCGAAAUUGCAAUGGCGAGGGGCAGCGACGUUCAAGACAGCUGUUAGACGGCCUUGGUAUAAAAUGGGCAGUUCAAAUAAUGAACUCAUGGGUUACGAGAAAGUGGCAGGCGCCGUUAUGUUCAACACCGUGCUCUUCGGCGGCCAUCUUGUGUCAUUCGAUCAGUCGGCUGCGGUGAGCGACAUGUACGGUAGGUUUUUACAUUUUGCUGCCAUGGGGCCUGCGAGUGUGUCCGGCCAGAAAUGCGGCAACGGCAAGACGUCGUGCUGAUCUCGUAUUACUGAUUGAUAAGUUUCCGUACAAAUAAAGAGAACGCUGCUUCCGGCACGCUUCGACUGUAACGAAAUAUUUGUACGCACAAUAAAUAUUUUU